UUUAAAAUAUUUUUUAUUUAAAUAUUUUUUUAAUUUUUUUUUAAAAUUAACACAUUAAAACAAUUAAAAUAAAUAAUUAGCAUGACACCUAACCAAAACUAUAUAUACCAUAAGUCAUUACUAAUAUUCUUCACAUAGAGCCUCUUAAUUAAAAUAAAAAAUAAUUAAAAACCCACUAAUUACCGAACAAAAGAAUACUAAACCAAAUCUCAAAACUGUCGGCGUUGACCAAGACCGUGUCCCCCCCUGUAUACACCAAAAAAACCUCCAAAUCUCUUCAGUGUCUCCCCAAACAAAAACCACAUUAUCAAACAAUCCACACAGUACACUACGACAAUGAUUGUCACAACAACCCUCUCCCUUGCUGGUUCUUCAUCUCCUUCCUCUCCAGCAGUACAGGCGAAGAAUGAGCCUCAACGCCAUUUCAGAGGCGUGAGGAAGAGGCCGUGGGGUCGAUUUGCUGCUGAGAUUCGUGAUCCAUGGAAGAAGAAGCGGAGUUGGCUUGGCACUUUUGACACAGCGGAGGAGGCGGCACUUGCUUACGACGAGGCAGCUCGAUCUCUACGUGGGCCAAAGGCAAGGACAAACUUCUUCCACAACGAUCAUUUUGCUCCCGUGCCAUUUUCGCAAACUGCGGUGGUUGGUGCAGGUGUUUUUGAGAAAUGUUGCUCGCCGGUUUGUCUUGCUGGUGAGGUGGCGAGGAUGACGAUGCCAGCGGCAUCUCCGGUGAGGUCAGAGUAUACGGGGUACAACAUGGAGACAGUGAAUGAAAACGUGGGUUUGGUUUUAAAUGAAGAGAAGAAGUUGCGUGGAGGGAAAAAACCUUUUUUGUUUGAUUUGAACUUGCCGGCACCGCUCUUUUGAGUGGUCUGGGAUUGUGGUUUUUGUGGCUGGGGCUGGGCGGAGGAAGUUGUUGAUCGGUCAAGAUUAGUUUGCAGAAUUUUGGGCCCUGUCGCUGGUUAGAUUAUGCGUCCAAUCGUGUACAGUUUAGGGUUAGGCGGAGUUUUUGGUUUGUGUUAACGUGGGGUUGAUGGUGGGAUUUAUAACAGUCAAGGGUUUUUUUUUUUCUAUAAAAAAAAUAGCAUAUCAAAUCAGCUAGCAAUUAUUCUUGAUGAAUUCAUGAAUCAAUUAAAUUAUGCGAGUUUUUUUUGGUUGCUAUGAAGAACAAGAACCCGACUACUGUAAAUCAAAA